CUGCUUGAGAAGGAUGCUCAUAUUGAGGCUACAGAUAAAGAAUGGGGUCGGACACCACUCUCAUGGGCCGCUGGGAACGGCCAUGAGGCAGUGGUGAAAGUGCUGCUAGAAAAGGGUGCUCAUGUUGAGGCUACAGAUGAAGGAUGGGGUCGGACACCACUCUCAUGGGCCGCCGGGAACGGCCAUGAGAUAGUGGUAAAAGUGCUGCUGAAGAAGGGUGCUCAUAUUGAGACUACGGAUAAGGAAAGGCGUUGUACACUCUCAUGGGCCGCCGGGAACGGCCAUGAGACAGUGGUAAAAGUGCUGCUGGAAAAGGGUGCUCAUGUUGAGGCUACGGAUAAGGAAAGGGGUCGGACACCACUCUUAUGGGCCUCCAGGAACGGCCAUGAGGCAGUGGUAAAAGUGCUGCUGGAAAAGGGUGCUCAUGUUGAGGCUACAGAUGAAGGAUGGGGUCGGACACCACUCUUAUGGGCCUCCAGGAACGGCUAUGAGGCAGUAGUAAAAGUGCUGCUUGAGAAGGAUGCUCAUAUUGAGGCUACAGAUAAAGAAUGGGGUCGGACACCACUCUCAUGGGCUGCACAAAAUGGGCAUGAGGCAGUGGUGAAAGUGCUGCUGGAAAAGGGUGCUCAUGUUGAGGCUACGGAUAAGGAAAGGGGUCGGACACCACUCUCAUGGGCUGCACAAAAUGGGCAUGAGGCAGUGGUGAAAGUGCUGCUUCAGAAGGGUGCUGGCCGAGGCUCGGCGUAA